GCCGGCUACUAGAUGCCAACCCCACAUUAACCUCCAAGCCAUUUUGUCUCAGUUCUGCUAUCUGCUAUCCGACCCUCCCUCCAUCAACCAUCCUCUCUCCAACCCAUUCCAUUCCCUCGUUCACUCCAUCUGUUCGUCCGUCCCAUCCUCCUCAUUCACAUUUAGGUUCGACGUAUAGCAAGACCCAGCAGCCUCGUUUCGUCCCCUCCUAGGCUUCCUGUCGACACGGUGUUGAGGCUCCGAUUUUCGGUCGCUACGAUCCGCGGAUUACUACAGCUACCCAUUACCACACCUGCACGCGUUGUCAUCAUGCCGGGCCAAUACAAUCCUCGAAGUGGAAAGGGAGGAAAGGGCCUUGGCGGCAAGGGCCUCGGCGGCAAAGGUGGAAUCAAACGUCAUCGCAAAAUUCUUCGGGACAAUAUUCAGGGCAUCACAAAGCCCUCCAUCCGACGUCUCGCCCGACGAGGUGGCGUCAAACGCAUAUCUGCCAGCAUCUACGAUGAGGUGCGCUCCGCCUUGAAGGGCCGCCUUGAGGAGAUCAUUAGGGACUGUGUGGCCUACACAGAGUACCGCCAGCGAAAAACGGUCACUAUCAACGAUGUCCUGCACGCCCUGAAGCGACUUGGCCGCCCCAUCUACGGCUUCGACGAUGACGUUCCCGCUAAGCUUGCGAAUGGAAGUCACCGCGAUAACAAAUCCCACUCCUCCCGAUACUAGUCUUUGGGGGGGUUGAAGAGAACAAGCAUGAUUGGUGGAAGCUUGGUAGGAGAAGGGAGACACAUGUUAGUUGCACAUCAUGUGCACGAAGGACGGUUUCGGUGCCGUUAUGCCUUGUAGACAUGGCCGGAGUACACAAUGUGUGACUCGUGCGAGAUGAUAAUGAUACCCAAUU